UUCGAUCGGUAGUUUAGUUUGCGCGCGCUUCCGAAGACGGGGCGCCGGCCGUCGUGCUCUCCGUAUCGUUAACUGCGCGACGGUUAUCUAUCUCGUCGACUGUCAUAUUGCAUACCUCGGUACUUACAUGAAGUGAUAAAGGAAAACUUAUCAUCACCUUCUAACUGGAGGGAUACUUUGUGUCGUUGCUCGUGAGAGAGUGCUCAGUCAAAGACAGUAAUUGCCGUGCAAACUACAAGGUACAAAUAAUUGCUCACUUGGCUGAGUUUGCAGUAGACUUGUCUCAGCUGUAGUCCCAAUUAGCAGUUCAAAUGGACCGGCGGCAGGUCAGCAAUCGUCACUUGUUGUGUCUCGUCGCGUUGAUUUUCGUGGGCGGUGCAGUCUUGGGGCAAGAAGUGGGGGAGGAUCAUUUCCGACUGCCGACGAACACGGUUCCGAUCGGAUAUGACGUUCAAUUGACGGUGGAUUUGGAGCAGUUUGCGUUUUUUGGAACGGUGCAAAUUUUGCUGAAGGCAAACAACGCUUCCAAUCAUGUGACUUUGAACGUGAAGGAGCUGGACGUGUCGAACGUGAGACUCACGGAGGACACUGGAAGGCAACUGGCGCUGGUCGUGUACGUGAUGCAAAAUGAUUCGGAAAUGGUGCGGUUCAACUUUGAUUCGGAUCUUCUGGAGACGCACACCUACCAGCUGGCAAUUGACUUUGCCGGGAACAUCACAGACGACCUGAAAGGGUUGUACAAGAGCUCGUACUAUCGGGGAACAGAGGAAAGAUUCGUCGCUACCACGUUCAAUGCAGCUGCCUAUGCGCGCAAAAUUCUCCCAUGCUACGAUGAGCCUCAGCUGAAGGCAAAAUUCAAGCUGCGAAUCUAUCACAAACCGGAAUUUCGAGCACUGUCCAACAUGCCCGUUGAGAACCGCAUCGAAUCCGCUAAUGCCGAUAACAUGACCGUAACCGCGUUUAUUGAAUCGCCCCCAAUGUCGAGCUAUCUGUUGGCAUUUGUGGUGUCGGAUUUCGGCGAGAUACGAAUUGAUGCUAAAUUUGCCGCGCACGCACAGCUCAGCGUUAUCAAUUCGACGCGCUAUGCACUGGACUUCACCAAAGAUGCCAUCGGGCACUUGGAGCGGUUCUUCAAAAGACCCUAUCAAUUGGACAAACUGGACAUCGUCGCCAUAGAUGACUUUCUGAUGGGCGCUAUGGAGAACUGGGGUCUUAUUACGUACAAGACCUCAAGGAUCGUCUACCGCCAAGGAUUGGACAAAACGGAAAAGCUCCAGUCCGUCACGAAGAUCGUGUUUCACGAGUUGAUCCACCAAUGGUUUGGCAAUGAGGCGACCAGUGCCUGGUGGUCGUACAUUUGGUUGAACGAAGGCUUCACCGUGUUUCUGGAGAGUUACGUUCUGGACCUAAUGCGUCCCGAGUGGCGCACGCUGGACCAAUUUCUGGUGAAUGAAAUGCAUUCGGUUAUGGAGCGGGAUGUACUGCCAAAGACUCGUCCGAUGACAAAACCGAUCGAUACCCCGGAGAAGAUUGCCGGGAUCUAUGAUUUUGCCGUCUACCCGAAGGCUGCCUCCGUUAUCAGGAUGUGGCAGUCAAUCGUUGGGCGAGAGGUAUUUGACGAUUUUUUGGUGGAAUAUCUUAUUGACCGUAGCUAUAAAGCGGCCACAGAGGAAGACAUGAUCCGAGUACUGCAAAACGUUGUCAAUCGGCAUGGAGUAAAACUUCCCCCCAUCAAGGAUAUCGUGCAGAGUUCGACGAUGAAUCCUUCAUUUCCGGUUGUUACAAUCGAAAGAUUCUCUAACGGAACUGUCAAUGCAACCUCGGCGCCAGUGGAAACAUUCUACAUUCCGUUGAAUUGGUUAUCAAGCACCAACAAAUCCGGCAUCGAAUGGAUCACCAAUUCGGAAGGCCAAAAGUCAAUUCAGCUUGGAGCUGUCGGCCAUGAUGAAUGGGUUCUUUUCAAUCCGAAUCAGCAUGGAUACUAUCGGGUCAACUACGAUCGAAGAAGCUGGACCUUGCUAGUGGACGCCUUGAAGAUCAAUCACCACCAAAUUCCAACGUUGAGUCGUGCUCAAUUGAUCGAUGAUGCCUUGGCCUUAACCAAAACCAAUCAGUUGGACAUCGACAUUCUCCUUGAAGUCCUGGAUUACCUACCGCAAGAGUUGAACCUCAUUCCGUUGAAGGCCGGCUUCAAAGCUUUCCGGUACCUCCAUCGGAUGCUGCAAGGCAAUGAGUUCUACCAAAACUACUGGGAUCACCAGUCGAAGAUAUUGGAGCAGAUAUACGAUCGCAUGUUGGCCAACUCGGCGGACGACCAUAUGUCGCGUUUGUACCGUGCGGAAGUCCGCAAGGUCGUCUGUGAACUUGGAGCUCGUAAAUGUUUGCAAGAUUCGCUGGAACUGUUCGAUCGGUUCGUAACAAUCGAUCCCGAUCUUCGAGCCCCUGUGAUUUGCGGUGCCAUGAAAGCUAGCGAAAGCUUCAACGUGUGGGCUUUAGUCGUUCGACGAAUGUUGCACAUAACCAGGAACUUUGAACAGAAAAGGAUCAAUACAGAGGAGUUUGAGGACAUAUUGUACGGGUUUGGUUGUGCAGUCAGCGAGGACCGAUUGGACAACUACAUGAUGAUGUCGCUGACCAGAGAAGAUACACUGGAGCAGUCGGAUCGCAUCAAAAUGUUCAACUACAUUGCAAACAGCGGAGUCAGCGGUACGAAUAUGGCUCUCUUCAGGUUGAAUAACGAUCUUAGGACUCUCAAAUCAAGAUACGGAUCAGUUACGGAGAUCAUAAGCAAUCUGAAGCGCGCCAUCAGCACCGAAGGGCAACUCCAGGAGUUCACAAACUUUAUGAAGAAUAACACGGACACGAGCUUGGGUCUGCUACUGGCGGAAGUGCACAAUGAGGCGCAAAGUAAUGUUCGAUGGGCGAAAGAGAAAUUGCCGCAGAUUUCCAAGUGGAUUUCAUUGCACAGUUCUGCAUUUACGUUUUUCAUUUCGAAAACUUUAAUGGUUCUAGGAUUAGUUGCUGUUGUUUAUCGUUGGCAAUAAAGUUAUCUGUUUUUUUUU